AUGACGUCGUUACAGUUCAAACGCCUCAUGGGUUCCAUCGUGACGAAAGUCUCCGGAACGACCCCACCGCCUCUCGUUAAACCGCCGUCGAAAUCACAAACCAGAAUCGGAAUAGUCCACUCGACGAAGAUGGAACGAACGGUCUCCGUGAUCGUGGAGAGAUUGGUGAAACACCCGAAAUGGAAGAAAUACGUCAGAAAAAGGAAGAAGUAUAAGAUGCACCACGAGGCGAACUAUUCCGGGAACGAGAGGAAUUGGUUGAAACCCGGGGACGUGGUGAAAAUGGUCAGCACGAAACCGAAAGCGAAGACGGUGUUUUGGGAGUUAUACGCCAGCGCCGGUGGGUUGUUGAGAGCAGGGAGAGAGAGGAAGUUAGAGGACAUCGAGAGGAAGAUAGCAGAGAAGGUGAAGUCAGGGGAGAUUAUUACGGAGGACGAGAAGAGUUUCGCGCUCUCGCGAUCGAAGAUGAAGUCGGGGAGAGGGUUCGCCGCCGGCGGCGGAGAGGUGGAGGAGUGA